UGUCUCAUCUAAACGCCGUUGAAGCACGGAAGUGUCCCCUCGUGGCAUACCUCGCACUAGACAUGCGAUUAGAGGUUGCGGGGUCCAGAUUUUACUUCUCGAUGAAUCGCCGAAGUGGCAGGUUGGCGCUUGGUAGAUCCGCAGUGUGACUCGAGACGUGGGAUUAAUUCUGCAAAACUUGGGGGGUAGUGUGAGCAGUGCGCGGGUUUUGAGAACUGAUGAAUUCUGGAUGCGAGUAUUCGCAGGGGUGGUUUUUGGGUAAAUGGGGUUUUAUGGUGAGGCGACUUGUUGCGAAGGCUUUCUGCAGAGGUGGGAUUUUUCAGAGACGCUGAGGGAGAAUUUGAGAGAUUUAAGUCUUGAGAAUCAUGAGGAAUGAAUGCGGCCGUGGACAGGUUGCGACUACUGCAAGCAAGGGGAGAAUUAAUGGUGCGGAAAGAUUGCGACAUUGAGCCUCGGGUGACAAGCUUCUAUCUCCGAGGUGAAGCCACAUUCGUCAGGGCAUAGCCAACAGCAGGCAAGUUCUAAGCAGAGAGGGCCUCUAUGGCGCCGUCUACGAUCCAGGAGGCAAGCAUGAGCGCGGGGGAGCGCGUCUCCGUGCAGAUAAAUCCCAGGAAUCGGCUACCUGAUUUUCUGCAAUCAGUAAACCUCAAGUAUGUAAAGCUCGGAUACCACUACUUGAUCACCCAUCUCCUCACACUCCUCUUCGUCCCGCUUUUGCUGACCAUACUCUUGGAAGUCGGCCGCAUGGGGCCUGAAGACUUGCGACAGCUCUGGGAUAAUCUGCGAUUCAACCUGGUGAGCGUGAUCACGUGCUCCGCCCUCUUGGUGUUCAUCGGAACCAUCUUCUUCAUGUCGCUCCCCAGGGCCAUCUUCCUUGUGGAUUUCGCAUGCUAUCUCCCCGAGGAGAAGCUUCAAGUCCCGAUCCCAUUGUUCAUGGAGCGCACACGCUUGGCGGGAUUCUUCGACGAGAGGAGCAUGGAGUUUCAGGAGAAGAUCUUGGAGAGGGCGGGUCUAGGCCCCAAGACUUACCUCCCCGCGGCGAUGCACGCCCAGCCGCCGUGCCCGAGCAUGAAAGCAGCUCGAGAGGAAGCAGAACAGGUCAUGUUCGGAUGUCUGGACGAACUUUUCGAAAAGACGAAGAUCAAACCAAAAGAUGUCGGUAUCCUUGUCGUGAACUGCUCCCUCUUCAACCCCACGCCUUCCCUUUCCGCCAUGAUUGUGAACAAGUAUCGAAUGCGUGGCAACAUCCGCACGUACAAUUUGGGCGGAAUGGGAUGCAGCGCGGGCGUGAUCUCUAUCGAUCUGGCGAAAGAUUUGCUUCAAGUGCACGGCAAUUCAUAUGCUAUCGUUGUGAGCACCGAAAACAUCACACAGAACUGGUACUUCGGCAAUCGGAGGUCUAUGCUCAUUCCCAAUUGCUUAUUCCGUGUCGGCGGAUCCGCGGUCUUGCUCUCCAACAAGCUCAAAGAUGGCUCCCGGUCCAAAUACAAGCUCAACCACGUGGUGAGGACUCACAAGGGUGCUGAUGACAAGUGCUACAAUUGCGUCUAUCAAGAGCAGGACGAGCAGGGCAUCUUGGGUGUUUCCCUCUCCAAGGACCUCAUGGCUAUUGCCGGAGAGACUCUGAAAGUCAAUAUCACAACAUUAGGCCCGCUUGUGCUUCCUAUCUCCGAGCAGCUUCUCUUCUUCAGCACACUCGUCGCCCGAAAAGUCUUCAACUUGAAAGUGAAGCCUUAUAUCCCCGAUUUUAAGCUGGCCUUCGACCAUUUCUGCAUUCAUGCAGGUGGAAGGGCCGUAAUCGACGAGCUGGAGAAGAACCUGCAGCUCACUGCCGAGCACUGCGAGCCAUCACGCAUGACCCUCCACAGAUUCGGGAACUCUUCUUCCUCCUCGAUAUGGUACGAGCUUGCGUACAUGGAAGCUAAGGGUCGCAUACGGCGAGGCAACCGAGUGUGGCAAAUUGCCUUCGGGAGCGGGUUCAAGUGCAACAGCGCCGUCUGGCAGGCGUUACGCAACAUCAAACCCCCCGAAAAGUCUCCGUGGGCGCAUUGCAUUCAUGAGUAUCCUCAACAUCUGGAUGAGAUUCAAAAAUUCAACUAGGUCUUGCUUUCGCGAAAUUGGUGUUGUUUCAUUAGCCUUCUGGAUUGUCUCGGGUGGCCAGAAAGAGCCUCCUCGCUACAUCGAACCGCAGCUCAUCGUUGAAAAGCUCGCUGAAUAAGCCCAAAGUAGGCAUGUUUGAACACCGCAUUAUGGUUUGUUCUGGCGAUUGUACAGCAAAUCGAAGCAGUUGACAUGUGUUCGUAAUCAAUAAUAUGUAGAUUGAUUGCAAAUUCAUGCGGAAACUAAUCUCUACUUGUAUUAGUGAUCAACUUUGCAAGUACUUACACACAAGGAACUGCAAUCCGAAGUGCAGGUUUUAACACAAA